AUCGAAAGCGCUAAUAACAUUCAUUUCCUUCGUCUUUCUUCCUUCAACUUCUUCUUCUUCAACCGUUAUCUCUUUCUUUUCUUCUAGUAUUGCAGACAGGAAUUAAAUUAAUAUAAAUCUCUUCACCCAUUUUUUGUAAACAAAAUGGGGUCACAUUUUCCAGGUUUGGCACUUUCGGUUUUGGUAAUUAUCAUCGGAUCCGUACAUUGCUACAAUCGACCACCGCCUGGUAAAACAUUAUUUGUCUCUCAUGACGGUGAUGACUCAUCGCCACAACAGGUACAUAUAUCUCAAGUGGGCCAAGACAAGAUGAGAAUAUCAUGGAUAACGGAAAGCCCAACUCCAGCAAAAGUGAAAUAUGGCCCAUCUCCUUCAGCAAUCUCAUUUUCUGCAACUGGAACCACUUCUUCUUACCAUUAUACUCUUUAUCAGUCUGGUGAAAUUCACAAUGUCCUAAUUGGUCCUCUCAAAUCCAACACAGUUUACUACUACCGUUUGGGUGAUUCAACCAAAACAUACAAUUUUAAGACUACACCCUCUCAAUUUCCAAUCAAGUUUGGAGUAGUUGGAGAUCUUGGACAAACAGAGUGGACAGUUUCAACAUUGAAUCAUUUAGGUAAAUCAAAUUAUGAUAUGUUAUUAUUACCAGGGGACUUAUCCUAUGCAGAUUUAGUACAAACUUUAUGGGACUCUUUUGGUCGUUUGGUUGAACCAUUAGCAAGUCAACGUCCAUGGAUGGUCACAACAGGAAACCAUGAUGUUGAGAAGAUUCCAGUCAUUCAUAGAACACCAUUCACAGCAUACAAUGCAAGAUGGCAAAUGCCAUUUGAAGAAAGUGGAUCAGACUCUAACCUUUACUAUUCUUUUGAUGUGUCUGGUGUUCAUGUUAUCAUGUUGGGAUCUUAUACCGAUUUCGACCCUGAAUCUUCGCAAUACAAAUGGCUUCAAGGAGACUUGCAGAAGAUAAACAGAGGAAAAACUCCUUGGGUAGUGGUCAACCUUCAUGCUCCAUGGUAUAACUCUAAUGAAGCUCAUCAAGGUGAAGCUGAAUCUGUUAACAUGAAAACUUCUAUGGAAGAUUUGCUCUAUAAUGCUCGUGUUGAUGUUGUUUUUACCGGUCAUGUCCAUGCCUAUGAACGCUUUACACGGGUUUAUAAAGACAAAGGCAACAAUUGUGGUCCGGUGCAUAUUACCAUUGGGGAUGGGGGCAAUCGCGAAGGUUUAGCUACAAGAUACCAAGAUCCUAAGCCUGAGAUAUCAAUAUUCAGAGAGGCUAGCUUUGGACAUGGGAUAUUUGAGGUGGUUAAUGCAUCACAUGCACUUUGGAGUUGGCAUAAGAAUGAUAAUGAGGAAGCAGUUUCUAGUGACUCUGUUUGGCUAAGAAGCCUCUCCUCUACUACUGCUUGUAAAGUGUGAUGUUAUUUUGGAAAUUAAAUAAAUUCUCCUACAAAACAAUUAUGUGAAUGAAUGUAAGGGCUAGUUAGAAGUGUUAUUUAAGUUAACUAUUGAAUUGUAGAUCAUUUUCAUGAAAUAUAUUUUGGUUCAAUCGCCA